AUGCCCAUCGGAAUAUCGACUGCUCCUUCAAUUUUCCAACAUUUUCUGGAUCAACUGCUAGGCGAUAUCACCAAUGUAGCUGUAUAUUUUGACGACAUAGUUAUAGCAGGGAAAGAUCUUUCAGAACAUUUACAAACUUUAUCUAUUGUAUUCGAUCGCUUACAAAACGCUGGCCUAAAAGUUAAUUUAAAGAAAUGUAAUUUCUUACAGAAUCAGAUUGAAUACCUAGGUCACAUAAUAGAUAAACAUGGCAUCCACCCAACCAAAUCCAAAAUUGAUGCCAUAACUAAGGCCCCAGCACCUAGUAAUGCAAAAGAACUACGAUCAUUUUUAGGACUAGUUAACUUUUACGAACGGUUUGUACCACAUCUUCACGGGAUUUGUUCGGAUCUUCAUGAUCUAACUAGUAAAAACAAUAGAUGGCGUUGGACUGAUCACGAAAACAGAAUAUUUGAAGAUACAAAGAAAUGCAUAACGUCUUCACAACCAUUAAUUGCAUUUGACGAGAAACGUCCCCUUUAUUUAGCAUGUGACGCUUCCGAAAAGGGAUUGGGUGCAGUAUUAUUCCACAAGGACUCGAACAUAGAACAACCAAUUGCUUUUGCUUCAAGGAAACUACGACCAGCGGAAAUGAAAUAUUCCGUUAUUGAUCGUGAAGCUUUAGCAAUAGUAUUUGGUAUAAAAAAAUUUGAUCAGUACUUGAGAGGAACGAAAUUUAAUCUAGUUACGGACCAUAAGCCUCUUAUAAAUAUUAUGGGUGCACGCCGCAACCUUCCUAAACUAGCCAAUAACCGAUUGGUAAGAUGGGCUCUAGUAGUGGGAAAUUAUCAAUAUGACAUUUGCUACAGGAAAGGUGAAAAUAACACAUUAGCUGAUUGCUUUUCCAGAUUACCAAACCCUGAAACGGAACCCUCCGAGACAGAAGGGCUUGUACAUAAAAUAGAACUACGUCUUUUGAGCACUCGAAUGACUGACCUUAACCUAUCAGAACAGUUACUUAUGAAAACAACUGCAAAGGAUCAUAUACUCACAAAAGUUUGUCAAAAUUUAAAAACCGGCUGGAGAGAAUCAGAAUACAAUCCAGAAAUGAAACCAUUCUACAGAAACCGGACUGAAUUAUCUGUUGAGAAUAAGAUACUUAUGAGGCAAAGACGCAUCGUUAUACCUACAGCACUCCGAAAAGCCAUUCUUACAUACCUUCAUCGAGGACAUCCUGGCAUUUCUGCUAUGAAAGCACUUUCACGUUACUAUGUUUGGUGGCCUAACCUUGACGAAGACAUAGAAUUAUUUGUCAAGAAAUGUACCAGAUGCCAACAGAACCGCCCUUGUAAUCCUGAACUUCCUGUAUUUUCCUGGUCCAUACCAGAAGAAGUAUGGGAGAGAAUCCAUAUCGACUUUGCUGGACCGUUCGAAGGAUCGUAUUGGUUGGUAUUGUGCGACGCUCUCUCUAAAUGGGUGGAAAUACGACCGAUGAAAAACAUCAACACCAGAUCACUUUGUCUUACAUUAGAUAACAUAUUUUGUACAUUUGGCUUACCAAAAAUUAUUAUAUCCGAUAAUGGAACUCAAUUUACAUCUUAUGAAUUUAAAGAAUAUUGCACAAAACAGUCGAUUUUACAUGUCACAUUAUCUCCAUAUCAUCCUCGGACAAAUGGGCUGGCAGAACGUUUAGUCAGAACAUUCAAAAAUAGAAUGGCAUCGGUAGACAACACAAAUCUCGAGCGCCGACUAUUAGAAUUUUUGUUUACAUACAGAAACACUCCGCACUCGUCCACUGGUAAAUCUUCAGCUGAGAUGAUGUUUGGAAGACAAUUGAAUUGCAUACUUUCCAACAUUACGCCAGACAAAGGAAGAUUAAUGCAGUAUUUGCAAGUAAAAGAAAAUAUUCGUACCACAUCACCGAGUUACCGACCAAGAGGACUAGAAAAACGAAGACAUGCUGAUCACAUCAGGCCACGCGAGUUCUCCACCUCAGAAACCCCGAGGAAUGAAAGGGCGCAUUCUUCUAUGCUGUCGGCGACUGCUUCUCCAGACAUUGGAAUGGAAACAACAAUUAGCGAAAGGCUAACUAAAAACAAGAAUUCGGCAGCAGUACCAUUACCUACACCGCAGUCGCCUACAAAUGUACAAAUUUCUCCAAAUUCACCUUCACCGCAUUCGAAGUUAUACUCCUCACCUGCUCCGGUCUCCACUCUUGUGCCAUUUGCUCCGCGUCGAAGUAAUCGACGUAUACAGGACCCCGUCGUCUGA